AUGUUGACGUUAUCGAGAUUAGGCGUUAUCGGCAACCUUUCGAGAUUAGCCACUAGGUGUGCUUCAUCUGUAGUCCAAGAACCGAAAAUUGAUGAUUUCACAGUUAAAAAUGAACCUGUUUUAACCUAUUUACCCGGUAGUCAAGAGAGGCGUGAAAUUGAAGAAGCUUUGAAAAAAACUGCUUCAAAUACUGAAGAUGUUCCUAUUAUUAUUGGAGGUAAAGAAUAUCGCACCUCUGAAGUUAGGUACCAAGUUAUGCCUCAUAAUCAUCAGAAGAAGAUAGCAAAAUUCUACUACGCGACACCAGAGCUUGUACAGAAGGCAAUAACCGCUGCUGUCGAAGCUCAAAGGCAAUGGGACCUCGUUCCACUGAAAGAGAGGAUUAACAUAUGGCUGCGAGCUGCAGACAUGAUGGCAACCAAAUAUCGGCAAACUCUAAACGCUGCAACAAUGCUUGGUCAAGCAAAAACUGUCAUCCAAGCUGAGAUUGACUCUGCUGCAGAACUGAUCGACUUUAUCAGGUUGAACGCUUAUUUUGCAAAGGAGGCAGUUAAGUAUCAGCCUAUCAGCCCUGAUCCGAAAUCAACAAUUAACUGGCACAGGUAUCGAGGCCUCGAUGGUUUCAUUGCGGCAGUGUCUCCAUUCAAUUUCACUGCCAUUGGUGGGAACUUAGCAUAUACUCCUGCUUUAAUGGGAUGUUCUACAUUAUGGAAACCUUCUGAUACAGCGCUGUUGUCGAACUACACCAUUUAUAAAAUCAUGACGGAAGCAGGUGUGCCUCCCGGAGUUGUUAAUUUUAUACCUACAGAUGGCCCAGUUUUUGGAGAUAACAUUACUGCAUCUCCCUAUCUGGCUGGUAUUAAUUUUACUGGAUCAGUACCGACUUUCAAUCGACUGUGGGCUCAGGUUGGGCAAAAUAUCAACAAAUAUCGCUCAUAUCCACGACUGAUAGGUGAAUGUGGUGGCAAGAAUUUUCACUUUGUCCACCCAUCUGCCGAAGUUGAAACUGUUGUUCCUGCCACCAUUCGAUCAGCUUUCGAGUUCUGCGGCCAGAAAUGCUCUGCUUGUGCGAGAAUGUAUGUUCCUCAGUCCUUGUGGCCCAAGAUAAAAGAUGGCUUAAUAAGCCUGAGGAAUAAAUUAAAAGUAGGCGAUGUUAAUGAAUUUGAUACGUUUAUGUCAGCUGUGAUCGAUGACAAAGCUUUCAAGAGAAUUAAGGGCUAUAUUGAACAUGCUAAAAGUAGCUCCAACCUUGAAAUUAUUGGAGGAGGAAAAUACAGUGACAAGACUGGUUACUUCAUCGAACCAACGAUCAUCCAAACGAAAGACCCAUUAGAUAAGCUCAUGACUGAAGAAAUCUUUGGACCAGUGCUCAGUAUUUAUGUUUAUCCAGACAAAGAUGUCAACAAAACUUUAGAAUUAGUCGAUACUUCGACUCCAUAUGCUCUUACGGGUGCAGUUUUUGGAAAAGAUGAAUCCUUCCAAAAAAUGGCACUAAACAAACUGAGGAAUACUGCUGGUAACUACUACAUUAACGAUAAGUCUACAGGGUCUGUAGUUGGCCAACAGCCAUUCGGAGGCUCAAGGAUGUCUGGUACCAACGACAAAGCUGGUGGACCCCAUUAUGUGCUGAGAUGGGCUUCUCCACAAGCCAUCAAGGAAACAUUUGUUCCACAAACAGAAUGGGCUUAUCCCUACAUGAAAUCAAAGGAUGAAGAAUAUUUGGAAGCUAUUGAACUCAUGGAAAGACGAAUUCUGUAA